AUGCCACCGCCUGCUCGUCCCCCGCCUUCUGAGGAUAACGAAUACAGCGUCAACACUACCCAAUCGGUCAAUUCCAUUCUCCUCAAUUCCCAACAUCGCCAAUCAUUGCCUGUAGGAGGAGGAGGAGGAGGAGUAGGAGGCAAUCGUUCAUCAUCAUCAUCGGGUGGAGCCACGUCGGCACUCGCUCAACUCAAUCCGAAUUUCCCUAAUCGUGACAAUAAACAACAACAACAACAACAACAACAAGAGGAACCACAAGACGAUGACGAGCAAGAUACCAUUCAGGCACAACAACAAGAUCCUUUCGGUGGAAAAGUAGCUCAUCCACAACAACACAAACUGCUCGCCGCUUCUGACUUUUGGCCACCUCAAGGUGCUGGAGGCAGUACUAGUCACCGACAGUCGCUCGGUGAAGGCGACCUGAGCAAUAACAAUCAACUGACCGUCGGUUCGAUCAACCAGUUGACAGUCAACUCGGUCGCUAGCUACAAUACAGCCUCCGUCACGCCUGCCGAAUUAGAUGAUUACAUUGAACGGCUUUUGAACGCUGGCUAUUCAAAAAUUACCAAGCAACUUUGUCUCAAGAAUGCAGAGGUCGUGGCCAUUUGUCGUGCUGCAAUGGAAAUCUUCUUGAGUCAACCUUCGCUUUUGGAGUUGUCUCCUCCUGUCAAGAUUGUUGGUGAUACCCAUGGUCAAUAUACCGAUUUAAUCCGACUGUUUGAAAUGGGAGGCUUCCCACCUAGCAGUAACUAUCUGUUUUUGGGCGACUAUGUCGACCGAGGCAAGCAGUCUUUGGAAAACAUGCUGCUGCUCCUCUGUUACAAGAUCAAGUUUCCCGAAAACUUCUUUUUGCUCCGUGGUAACCAUGAAUGUGCCAAUGUCACAAAAGUUUACGGCUUCUAUGAUGAAUGCAAACGUCGCUUGAAUCCGAAAAUGUGGCGGACUUUUGUUGACACCUUCAAUACCAUGCCUAUUGCAGCCCUAGUGGCAGGCAAGAUCUUUUGCGUCCAUGGUGGAUUAUCGCCUUCGCUGCACAACAUGGACGAGGUGCGCAACAUCCAGCGACCUACCGAUGUGCCAGACUAUGGCUUAUUAAACGAUCUUUUAUGGAGCGAUCCGGCGGAUUUGACGGACGAUUGGGAAGAUAACGAACGAGGCGUGUCGUACUGUUUUGGCAAGAAGGUGAUCAAUGAGUUUCUUGCCAAGUUUGAUCUGGACUUGGUAUGCCGGGCACACAUGGUGGUAGAGGACGGCUACGAGUUCUUUAACGACCGCACAUUGGUCACGGUGUUUUCUGCACCAAACUACUGCGGCGAAUUUGACAACUUUGGCGCAGUGAUGAGUGUCAGUGAGGAGCUGCUGUGUAGCUUUGAGCUACUGACGCCUGCAGAUCAUCCACUGGCCAAGGAACGCUCAAAGAACAAAAAGACGAAUGGCACAAACGGCCAGACGAACGGACGAUGA